GUUUCCGCAUCCACACGUCCCAUCAGACCACAUUCCGAUUAUGGCGCAGUACGCCGUGAUACCGACGAGUCACCAACGCGCGCCACCACCACCUCAUGCCUUGAACAGCUAUUCCCGAUAGGACUAGGAAGCGUUCAGAAUCUAGUUUCGCAUGACUGUGUACAUUUUAUGUCUGGUUGCAUUAUAUUCUCAGCGUGUCGUGUCCGUAUGUGUGUGAUUGUGUGCUUUUCGUACGUUGUACAUUACCACAACUCUUCGUUCGUUCAAUUGAUUGUUUUGCGAUAUGUCUUCAACUUGUACUUGUCAGUGGCGGUUAUGGGUAACACCGCAGCACCUCUAUCUUUGUACUACUUCGCUCCCUUUGCACUCGCCCCAUAUGGAAUUCGGUCCCCUUUUCCUAAUUUGACUCUAGUUGUCCGUCCGCGUAACCUGGGUGUUCUGUUCUCACUUGCAUUUUAUCUGGAUCAGGAGAACGCCUUCCGCCUCUCCUCGUCCCUUAUCUCCGCAUACGCCCCACCUCGAUCCCAGCUGUCUCGCGUUCAAAUCCCGUCACUCGUAAAUUAUUUGCCCAAUUAUUGCGAUGCGAUUGAUUGA